UGCCUUUGCUCUCCGCGCUGGGCAGGGACCUGGAGCUGCUGCCGGAGCUGGGGGCGUUGUGCAGGGGGCCCCGUCCUGUUGCUGGCAGUGCUGCUCGUAGAGAAGAUCAGGGAAGAAGACUGCAGCCCGCCUCCUACCUCUCCGCCUCCCCUUUUCUCAGUCAUUCCCGGGGGAUUCAUCAAGCAGCUCGUGCGGGAAACGGAAAAGGAGUCCAAGGAAGCAAAGCUGAAAGCGAAGAGCGGAUUAAGUUCCAAAGACGAUCCCCCAGGGAGGCCGGCGGACGGGCCCGCGGAGCAGCUCGUGAUCAAGGACGCCGACCUCCUGGACGGGCAGGGAGGCAUGGCCGGCGAGGGCCCGCUGCUGCAGCGGGGGCUGAACGGGGAGAAGCACGGCGAGGAGAGCGUGGCCGAGGGCAGGCUUCUGCCGAUCAAGAGAGCGAUCCGGAGGGGCAUCACCAAGCGGCCGGUGCCCGCGCCCAGGCCCGGGCCCGGCUCCACGCCCAUCGCUGCCGAGCGGGCAGGGAACGCCGCAGCCGGGUCUCCCCCUCAAGCUGCUUCUCCGGAGAAGAGCAAAGGCAGGAGCCCCGCGGAGCCGGCGCCGGGCCCGGAAGCGCGGAAGAGGGGCCCCUCUCUCCCGAACAAGCGCCUCGGAAGCCCGGGCAAAGCGGAUGGGAAAGCGAGGACUGAGGAGGAGUCCCCGGGCGGGCCGGGCAGCAAGGCCGGAGGGACAGCGCAGGGGAAGGAGGCGGGAGAAAAACAGGAGAAGCCGGGAGGUGGCGCUCGGAAGCCGUUGGUGGAAGCCAAGAAGAAGGUGGCAGAGAGCGGGAGCAGGUUGGGAGGAAGCCGGGAGACUUCAGGAGCGGCUGGGAAGGGCCGGGAAGGAGCCAGCGAGGGACCGGAGCCAGCCGGGGGGAGAAGUGGCCAGGAGUCGUCGGAAGCAGAACCGAAAAAGAACGUGGAGGAAGCCAAGGAGGUGUCGGCGGGAGAAGGCAGGGAGGAGCCCGGGGACGGCACCGGCUCGGGCAAGGUUGCUGAGGACGUCUGGUACGAGGCAGAGAAGGUGUGGCUUGUCCAGAAGGAAGGCUUCGCCCUCGCCACGCAGCUGAAGCCGGAUGUGGGGACGCCGGAGCUGCCGCCGGGCACCGUCCGGGUCCGCGUGGAGGCAGACGGGGCCGUCCUGGAGGUGGAGGAGCACAGCGUCCAGAGGGUGAAUCCCCCCCAGUUCGACCGUGCGGAAGACCUGGCCUCCCUGCCCAGCCUGAACGAGGCCAGCGCCCUCCACACCCUCCGGCAGCGGUACCAGUCGCAGCUCCUGUACACGUACGCCGGCCCCGACCUGGUCGCCCUCGGGCCCCACGUCCCUGUGGCCGGCUGCUCCAGGAAGGCCUUCCGGGGCAGGCAGGACGGGCUGCCCCCGCACAUCUUUGCCGUGGCGCAGAGGGCCCUGUGGAACAUGCAGCUGCAGCGCCAGGACCAGACCAUCCUGCCCCUGGGCCGGAGCGGCUCCGGCAGGACCGCCUGCUGCCAGCAGGCGCUGGAGUACCUGGCGGCCACGGCCGGCAGCGUGGACGACCGGGUCACAGUGGAGAAGAUCCAGGCCAUGUUCAGAGUGCUCGGGGCCUUUGGAGCGGUGUCCACGGGCCACAGCGACGCCUCCACCCGCUUCUCCAUGCUCAUGGCGCUGGAUUUCGGCCCCUCGGGCCGCAUAACCGCUGCUCACCUCCAGACGCUGCUGCUGGAGAAGAUCCGCGUGGCCCAGCAGCCGGAGGGGGAAAGCAGCUUCAACGUCUUCGCCCAGAUGCUGGCGGGGCUGGACCUGGAUCAGAGGACCACUCUGCAUUUGCAUCACACGGUGGAGAACAGUGCCUUCGGCAUCAGGCCCUGCCUGAAGGCCGACGAGAAGCAGAAGGCCUCAGCCGCGUUCGCCCAGCUCCGGGCCGCCAUGGGCACGCUGGGCAUCUCCGCCGGAGAGCAGGGGGCCAUCUGGAGAGUCCUGGCUGGCAUCUACCAUCUUGGGGCAGCCGGUGCCUGCAGAGUGGGCAGGAAGCAGUUCAUGCGGUUCGAGUGGGCCGGGCACGCGGCCGAGGCGCUGGGCUGCGACUUCGAGGAGCUCACCACGGCGGUCUUCAAGCACCACCUCCGGCGGAUCAUCGAGCAGGCCACCUCCGGGGCCGGGGGGCAGCUCGGCCAGGACGAGGACGCCGCUGACGGCCCCAAGCUGACCGGCCUGGAAUGCGUGGAGGGCAUGGCCUCCGGACUCUACGAGGAGCUGUUUGCGGCCGUCGUGUCGCUGAUCAACAGGUCCUUCUCCUCCAGCCAUCUCUCCACGGCCUCCAUCAUGGUGGUGGACACCCCCGGCUUCCACAACCCGCGGCACCAGAAGAAGGAGCGGGCGGCCACGUUUGAGGAGUUCUGCCACAACUACGCCCACGAGCGGCUGCAGGGCCUCUUCCACCAGCGGACCUUCCUGGCUGCCCUGGAGCGGUACCAGGAGGAAAAGAUCGAGGUGGCUUUUGAUCUGCCCGAGCUCUCCCCAGCAGCCACCGUGGCCAUCGCCGAUCAAAACUCAUCCCAGGUACACGUCUCGGCGGGGGGCCAGGCAGACGGCCCCAAGGGCCUGCUCUGGAUUCUGGACGAGGAGGCCCUGAUCCCCGGAUCGAGCGACAGUGCCGCCGUCCAGCGCCUGUGCUCUUACUUUGCGCGGGAGGGGCUGAGCGAUGAAGGACGGGGGCCACUCCGCAAGUGCGAGCAGGAGCUGCAGUUCGAGGUCGCCCACCAGCUGGGCCGGGACCCCGUCCGCUACGACGCCGCCGGCUGGGUGAGGAAGGGCAAGUGGAACCUCUCCGCGCAGAACGCCGCCCAGCUCCUGCAGCAGUCCAGCGUAGUCGCGCUGAGGGACCUGUUCCUGCCGCGCGCCAAGGUGCCGCUGGCCUGCCGGGCCGUGGCGGGGCUGGAGGGGGCCGGGCAGGCGGCGUUGCGGCGCGUCGGCUGCGUGCGGAAGACCUUCAGCAGCAGCUUCGCGGCCGUGCGGAAAAGAUCUGUGUGCGCCCAGAUCAAGCUGCAGCUGGAUGCUAUCAUCAACCUGGUUAAGCGGUCCCAGAUCCACUUUGUCCAUUGCCUGGUCCCGCGAACGGAGGCAGAGCGAGCGGGAGAGACGCCCCUGCAGCCCUGCGGGGGGCCCGGAGGCGCCUCCAUGGCAGCCUGGGACAUUCUGGCCCUGCGAGUCCAGCUCUCCGGAGGCCAGAUCCUGGACGCGAUACGGCUUCACCGGAUCGGGUUCGCGGACCGCAUGGCGCUGCCGCAGUUCCGGCGCCGCUUCCAGAUCCUGGCCCAGCCCGUGAUGAAGAAGUACACGUCGGCCUAUGAGAUGACGGAUGAGAGUAAGGCGUUCAAGGAGCUGCUGCAGGCGCUCGAUCUGGAGAAGAAGAGCUUUGCGGUGGGACGCCGCCAGGUGUUCCUGAAGGCCGGGGUCCUUCCCAGGCUGGAGAAGCAGCGGGAGAAGCUGGUGUCCCAGAACCUGCCGCUCCUGCAGGCGGCCUGCAAGGGCUUCCUCUCCCGCCAGAGAUACAAGAAGCUGAAGAUACAGCACCUGGCCGCACGCUGCAUCCAGAAGAACCUGGCCGUCUUCCAGGCCGUGCGGGGCUGGCCCUGGUGGCGGCUGCUGUGCGGCCUUCGCCCGCUGCUGACCGCCAGCCUCGCCGAGGGCCAGCUGCGUGCCAAGGAGGAGUUGCUGACGAUGCUCCGGAAAAAGCUCGAAAAUUCCGAGCUUUCGCGCCAGGAGCUUCAGCAGAGCACAGAAGCGCUGGAAACCAAGGUCGUGGACCUCAUGGCGGAGCUGUCGGACGAGCGCGCGAAAGGAGACGUUGUCUGCCAGGUCAUGGAGGCCGAGCAGGCCGAGCGGCUGCGGGGCGCCAGGGAGGUGGCCGAGCUGCAGAGCAAGCAGGAGCAGCUGCAGGAGAAGCUGGCGACUGCGGAAAAGCAGUUGGAGGAGCUGCAGCAGCGGCUGCAGCUGCGCGAAAUUGGAGCAAGCGGCUCGGGCAAAGGGGACGAGUGGCAGAUGCGCCUGGACUGCGCGGAAACCGAGAUCGGGUUCCUCCGCAAGAGGGUCUCGCAGCUGGAGGAGCGGCUGGAGCAGGAGCAGGCGGCGAAGCAGGAGCUGGAGCAGAAGCUCCGUGAGGCCCAGAAAGCACACGAGGGCGCCAGGCGGAUGGCGCAGCAGCUGCAACGGAAGAGCAAGCAGCUGGCGUGUGAUCUGGAGGAUGCCCGGGUGCUGAUGGAGAGCCAGCAGAGCCGCAACCAUGAGCUGGAGAAGAAGCAGAAGAAGUUCGACAUGCAACUGGCCCAGGCCCUGGGGGAAUCUGCGUUCGAGAGGAGCCAGCGCGAGAAAGUGGCGCGGGAGAACAUCGGCCUGCAGUUUGAACUGGGGAAGCUGCAGAGGAGCUUGGAACAAAAGGAGUCGGAGAACACCGGCCUCAGCCAGCGGAUCGCCCUGCUGGCCUCCCAGGUGCAGGAGCUCGGCUCCUUGAGCGACCCGGGAGCGAACGCAGCGGCCGCCCUGCAGAAGCGGCUCUGGGACCUGGAAUCGCGCGCCUCUGAGCAGCAGCAGGAGCUGAGCGUCCAGGCGGGCACCGUGGAGCAGCUGGAGCAGCUUCACAUGAGGCUGGAGCUGGAAAUGGAGAGGAUGAAGCAGCUGCACCAGAAGGCCCUGGAGGACAAGGAGGAGGAGCUGGAGGACGUCCGGCAGUCCUGCCAGAAAAGGCUCCGUCAGCUGGAGAUGCAGCGUGAGCAGGAAUGCGAGGAGAAGCAGACGAUGCUCCGGGAGAAGCGGGACCUGGAGGGCCUCAUCGCCACCCUCUGCGAGCAGAUCGGCCACCGGGACUUCGAUGUGGAGAAGCGACUCCGGCGGGACCUGAAGCGGACGCACGCGCUGCUGGCCGACGUGCAGCUCCUCCUGCAGACCUCGGGGGCGGAUCCGGGCGCAGCGGGGAGCAAAGUGGAGCUGGAGAAGCUGCGUGGCCAGUGGGAGGAGAGCGUGGCGCGCUGCGCAGAGGCCGAGCAGUCGCAGAAGCUGCUGGCGGCGGAGCUGGAGGGGCUGCGCACGGAGCUGGAGGCCGUCAGCCGGAACAAGAACCUGGUGGAUGAGCAGCUCUACCAGCUGCAGCACGAGAAGGCGGACCUGCUCAAGCACCUGGACGAGGACCAGGAGGACCUGAACGAGCUGAUGGCGAAGCACAAGGCUCUGAUUGCCCAGUCCGCCACGGACAUCGACCAGAUCCGCGAGCUGCAGGCGCAGCUGGAGGAGGCGAGGAAGGAGAAGGCCAGCCUGCAGGAGAAGCUGCAGGUUGCUCAGGGCCGGGUGGCGUACCUGGAGCAGGCGAUGGUGGAGCGCUCGGUCGUCAGCCGCCAGGAGGCCUUGAUCUGUGACCUGCAGAACAAGAUGGAGUUCCAGAGUGUGCAGAUCAAGCGCUUCGAGAUGCUGGUUCUCCGUCUUCGGGACAGUGUCAUCAAGAUGGGGGAGGAGCUGGAAACAGCGAAGGAAAAUGAGGCACGGGAAGGCGAGAACGCGCAGUACUACCAGGUGCGCAUGGAGGAGAUGAAGGCCGACAUGAACGAGCUGGUGCAGAGGGAGCUGGAAGCAAGUCGCAGGCGCAUCGAGCUGGAGAAGCAAGUGGAGGAGCUGAGCGCAGUGCGGCAGACCCUGCAGGCCGACCUGGAGACCUCGAUCCGCCGCAUCGCCGACCUGCAGGCCGCGCUGGAGGAGGUGCAUUCGAGCGACGAGAGUGACACGGAGAGUGUCCUGACGGCCCGAGAAUCGCUCAGCUCGCGGCAAGAGACGGAGAGCCAGCUGAGCAUGGGGUCCUCCGUGAGCCUCAACCUGGAGCUGGAGGGAAGCCUCAAGUCCUGGGGGGGGUCGGCCUCUGGCUGGUCCCCCCCCUCCAGCAGCAGCCGGCCAGGAACCCUCUCCAGGCUCUCCUCGGACAGCCGCCGGCCCCGGGGCCUCCUAGGACAAGCAAGGAUCAGGAGCCAAGCCUGCAGCCGGCCUCGCUGCUUGGUGCGAAAGGAAGGGCGUUUGCAAGGAGCGCGGGGGAGCCCGGCUUUGGCAAAGCGGAAGGCCUUGCCCCCGGCGCGCUGCGGUGGGACUGCGGGAAGCCCAGCGCCAAGGAGGAACGCGAUGGCCCCCCAAGCUCCUGGGCUGCGUCUCCCUCUGGGAAGAGGGGGGCUUCCCCAGCAGCCGAAGAAAAGAUGCUGAGUGUCUUAUCGCCGUCUGUGCUCCGAAGGCCAUCUCCUUCGGCAGAAGACAAGCUCUCGCGCUCGUCCUCUGCCCUUUCUGAGUACGUCGAAGAGCUGCGGAGAAAAAGGCUGAGCGAGAAAGAGCCGGGGAGCCUGGCGCUGGA